AAAUCUUUUUUCCCAGGUUUUCUGAUGUAAACCCGUGCAUGUGCUCCUGAUCCCACCCUGGGACAACAUUAUGCAUUUAUUUGGACAAACGUUGGAGCUAAAAAAAGAUUUUGGGCAGCUUACCAUUGUUGCUGACCGUUUCCAGACAAGAGCAAUCACUCAGCGACUUGACCGUUUUAGAUCGAAUUAGAAUGGAAAACCACCAUCGAUAUUUCUUGAUUAUGGUUCAUUUGUACUUAUUAGUGCUGGCUUGGUCCCCAAUUUGUCUUUUUUUACCCAAAUGGCUCAAAGGUUUCCAAUUGUUGACCAGCUGCUCUUGAAAUCAAAUCACACUCGCUCCAUAUUCAGAUCUUCCUCCUCGAAGACAGCUGCCGUGUUAUGAUUAACACGAUUACCCUCUUUUUGCAUGACAUUUUGGUAAUAUGUGCAAUAAUCAGGCAUCAUGAAUCUUUCCAAGUUUUACGAUGACAAAUGGGAACAGGGCCGCUAGCGUUGAGAGACAUCUGAUAACUCGGACGUGACAAGACACGUCUGGGGUUUUACUGGUGGCUCUUAAAUCAGGAUUUUGGCUGAUGAUGGCUGUUAAAACUUCCCCAUCUCGACUCCAUCAUACUCUUUUUUCUGAUUUUCUCACACAUGUAGUGUCAUUGCUCGUUUAGCACAUCAGUGACAGUGAGUGUGGGGCUCCAAGUCAGCCUUGUCCUUUCUUUACCCUCUUUAACUGAGCACUCCUGUCACCGAGACCCUUUUAAUUCCCCCUUUUCACCCUUCUGAUGCCUGCCUCCUCUCGCACUGGUCCUCUUGGGGAGCAGACAAUAGAAGGUGCCCCCCUCCUCUCCCUUUCCUUCCUUCCCUGUGCCCCCCCAACCACCCCACCCCCUCAUGGUGUCCCUCGGCUCAUGUAGGCGUCCUGCCUGGUUGAGGCUGAGGGCUCCAAGCUGCAGUUUGUCACAGCCAUUCAGCUGAGACUGAUUGUGAUUGUGGCAGAUGGGCUAAAGCCCAUCAGCUCCUCGGUCCAGGCAGACCCAAGCACUUCUCUCUUUCUUCUCCAGCUUUUAUUUAUUCUCCAGCCUCCGCUCUCUUGAUCUCGACCUCUUCCUCGGUUGUCCCUAUCUGUCCCUCUUCAGUGCCUUCUUUUUGUGUUGAUUCCCCGAAUGCUCAGUCCAGUUGUUGCAGAGAGCAGCUUUCGAAUAGGUGCUUGUCAGAUCUUUUAAGAGAUGAAACCGCAUCACCUGUCUAGUAACAUUUGGGACAAUUCCAUCAUUGUGUGCCCUUAACUUGGUGCACAGUGUAUUUUCGUCCAAAUUAAACUUGGGAUGGGGGAUUCCCCCAUCCUGUUAUGGAACUGGUAGCCAAAGAAAUGAACAUUUGGACAACAGUCAUGGUGGGUUCCAAAAUAUCUUUGCAAUGUUUUUAAUUUCCUUCAGCUGUAGGGUAGUUUAAGCUCUUGAUUAACUGGUGGAUCUUCAUUCCAACCCAACCUACAGUCAUGAGCUUUGGGUAAUUGCUGGCAGAACAAGAUUUUAGAGCACAGUUGACCAAACUAUAGUGUCCAAACUCAGUCUAAGAAAGAGAGUGAUUUAUUUAGAUGUCUGUGAAUGGCUCAAAGUAGAACCACUCAUCCUUCAUAUCAAGAUGAUCCAACGUAGGUGUUUUGAGCAUAUCCAUGGACACGCUAGAGGGAUUACACCUGCAGGCCAACCUGAGAACGUCUUGGGAUCCCAGCAAAUGACUUGCAGGAAUGUCGAACAAGUUCAAAACAUUUACAAACAUUCUUUCAAAAUUGAGUUUUUGAACUGUACUUAAUUGUAUCCAACUAUAUAUUUUCCCAUGCAUUUUGUAUUUGGGCUGGUUGUUAAAGCUCAGUGCAACACUAGCUUAACCCCUCCAAAGUGAUUUUGAUUGUUGACCAUUUCCGCUAAAAUACAUAAAUAGUAAAUGGUCUGUAUUUCUAUAGUGCCUUCUUAGGGUUCUACAACCCCCCAAGGCGCUUCACAACACAAUCAGUCAUUCACCCAUUCACACACACAUACAUACACUGGUGGUGAUGAGCUACGAUGUAGCCACAGCUGCCCUGGGCGCACUGACAGAGGCAAGGCUGCCGAGCACUGGCGCCACCGGUCUCUCCGACCAUCACCAGCAGGCAAGGUGGGUUAAGUGUCUUGCCCAAGGACACAACAGCAGCAUUCUCUGGUCGGAGCCGGGAUCAAACCUGCAACCUUCCAAUUACUGGCCAACCUGCUCUACAUCCUCCAUUCAAAAUAAUGGAUGCAGUCUCCAAGGUUGAUUGGUUGUCAUCAGUCGUUUCUCUUUUUCCCAAGAUAACAGAAAUUUGGGGAAAGAUUUUGCUUUGUGCCAAUUUCAAGGCUAACUGGGUUAACAAAAGGUGCAAAAGUACUCUUUUGAUAAUGUUUAGAUAAAAAGACUAAACAAUUUGUGGAAAAUCAGAUCUAAAGAAUCUAAAGAAAAGUUGUAAAAGUCUUCCAAAGUCCCAAAAACCUUCAUAUAUAAACCAUUUUAAAAGAUUAUGAAAUGUUUUUGUUUUUUACGGCUUUAACAAAAACUAACAAACUGAGAAAGAAGCUGAACAAAAGUCAGAAAAUCAUGUGCCCAUGCAGCAUAAAAUUGUUCCAAGAAAGAAAAUGGGAACAAAGCUGCACGGAAUGCAGAACAGGAAACAAAGCAACCUGCGAAAAAAGCAGAAGUGGAACUUUGAAGACGUACAAAAACAUUUUGACCAACAUUUUUAAACUUCUCUUUUCACAAGUCUUUCCGAGGCUUGAGUCGAGGCUCGCGUACAAUUAUGAAUCCAUGGUGUCAAAGUCCGAGUCUUUUGUGACUUUUUAAAGUCAGGUCUAAAUUCAUAAAAAAAUAUAAAUCCAGUCAUUUGAUAUCAGAUUCAGUAGACGUAAACAGAAAAUGUGCAAAAAGUUGCCCAAAUUAUGCAUAUAUUUGUACUUCAAUUCAUGUUAAAAGCUUUCAAAUUUCAAUUUAGUUGAACUUUGAUCAUCCUUUGAUAAAUGAGUUGUUAAAGGAUUUUAAUACCCAGAUUUUUUUUUUCUGGGGGGUUUAUGUUGGUCUUGAAGUCAACAACAAAGGGUGUAAUACCCUAAAUGUGUGUCUAUCCCAACACGGUCCAAUGCCCUUUCUUUCUCAUUUCCUGCACUGAAAGAGCCCAGUUAGUGGAACAUCACAAGCUGGCUUCUGCUUGCCUCUUCACGUCCCCUUGUUGGAGUUAAAUCCCCUCCUUUAACACCGCUGUCACCCCUCAAAAAACUCCUCCUUCUUGGUGCUAACCCCCCACCCCAACCUCAUUACCCUCCCCAGAGAGGAAAGCCACCUUCAGAGGGGGACAGCCAGGCAGCAGCUCUAUGCCUGAACACAUGUUAGACGUCCCGUAUGCUCAUAGAGGAGGAGUGAGAGAGGAACAGUCAGAGGAGAGGAGAGAUAAAGCAAGUUGGCUGGAUGGGCGGGUGAGGGGAAAGGCAAAGAGGGAGUGUCUACAUUGCAUGAGAGGAGAGUCGAUGCAUGUUGCCAGAUUGAGAGAGACAAGGGAGGGCAGAGGACGGGAGCGACGAGGAGAGGGAGAAGGCGAGGCAGAUUGUGGAUGUAAACUUUAUCAUCUGCGGGAUCAGUGGGUAGCAGCUGCAGAGCAGGAGGGAAGCGUGCUGGUGGAUUACCAUGCGUGUCCUCUGAAUGCACCAGGAUGCUGCAUCUCCAUCAGGGGAAAAGUUGGCUGUGGCUCGCCUGGAGAGGGAAGUCGCACGGAGCAAGAGUGACGGAACAAUGCGAGAAAAGCUGAUCCACGAGCUAGAGGAAGAGCGACGCCUGAGACUGGAUAGCGAGAAGCGUCUCCGGGAAGUGACGGAGGAGUCGGAGCUGGAACGGGCGCAGAUGGUGUCGCUGCAGCAGCAGUUUUCCAGGAUGGAAGAGACAGUGCGGUCGCUGCUGCAGAGUCAGGGUGUCCUGGAGCAGACUGCUGUGGACACAGUGGACAUCAUGAAGGCCUAUAAGGAUAAACUCUCUGAGGAAGUGCAGAAGCAGACCGAGGAGAAUGGCGCCCUGCCGGCGACCGUAGCGGAUCCCGAAUGCGAAGUCGGCCAAGCUGAGGAGGACAAAGACAAAACCAAGCUCCUUCUAGAGCGCCUGAAGACCCUGGAGGAGGAGAACUCCGCCUUGGCCUUAGAGAAUGAGAGCCAGAGGGAGCAGUAUGAACGCUGUCUGGAUGAGGUUGCCAAUCAAGUUGUGCAGGCACUUCUAACACAAAAGGAUUUGAGAGAGGAAUGCCUGAAGCUGCGAACAAGAGUUUUCGACUUAGAGCAGCAGAAUCGGGCGCUGGGUGUUUUGUUCCAGCAGCGGAUCAAGCCUGCGUCAGACCUGCUUCUCCAGAAACUCCACUCUCGGAUCAUGGAUCUGUCUGCGGCUGAUCUGCUGCUGGAGCCGGAGAGAAGCAAGGCUUUCCUUCUUUCCAGGAACACAGACUCUCCUUCGAACGAGGUUCCGUUGCAUGGAAAAGCAGAUCUACCAGCAUCCAAGUGUCUGAGCCAGCUGAGUCUAACGGCACCGGCGCCUGUCUACCCACGCAGCAGCUGCAGCAGUAGUGAGCUAUCCCUGUCAAGUGCAUGCAGCGAAUUCUCCAGCGGCUCAUACACCUGGAAUGAUGGACGCUCCUGCGGGAAAAUGUCCUCCUUGACCUGGGAGAAGAGGCUGAGUUUGGGUUCAUCAGCUCCCAGCAACAUCUGCUUGCCUCCAGAGGAGAAGCCACCCACAAGAUGUAAAGAAAGCCACAUACUGGAAGGACUGCGAAAACUCCAAAGGAGAAAACACAGAAGCUGUUCGGGUUCGUCCAAGGUCUCUAAAUCAGGAUACAAAGACUGCAUGAACUCCAAUGAGGGUAUCUACUCGCUGGGUAUCAAGAGUAGCAGCAAAGGAGUUUCCAAGCCAACUCAUGUUGGCAGAACAUCGGCUGCUUGUUGCAAGCUGCUCUUUUAUGAUUCGGACGAUGCUGAUGAUGAAUUGGUGCAGUCCGGGUGCAGAGAUAACGUCCCCUCCAAGGACUGUUGGGUUCGCUCUCAGAGGCUCUCCCACAGCGUCUCGGACAGUUUGUGUAGCUGGGAGGGAACCCUGGAAAGUGGAGCUGAAGGUGACGUUACCUCAGGUUCAGUAGUAGCGACCCCCCAUUCUGGUUGUGACUCAAAAGAGCGUCCAGAGAGGCUCAUUAGUUUUAUUAACAGUUUUCUUCCAGAGGGGGGCCAGAAAUCAGCUUUUAGUAAACCAUCCAAACUGCAUUUCCACCCCUGUGAGGCCGGGGGUCUGAAACGCUUCCCUGACAUGGAUGUUUCAGAGGUCAACUCUGAAGAUGUCCAAAUGUCCUGUAACCAGCUGCCAGAGCAGGCAGAGAGGGACUUUAAGAGGCUGUCAAGGGAUGCUGCCAAGCUCUUUAAACAAAAAUACCUGCGGAAAGACCAGGUACGCACCCAGUCUGCAGACGGGAGGCCCAGGCCUUUUAGCCUGAUGAAGCCAAAAGAAACCAGUUGCACCCAGUCUGAGGAGAGCAUAUUAGCAAUUUUUGAUGCAGAAGGGGAACCCAUUGAACUUUGUCCCCAGAAACUUGUAGCAGGUGCAGAUAGCAAACAAGGUAGCAAAGUUGUUCCUAAUUAUGCAGAGCUAGUGCCCCAAGAGAGGCCAACGCGGCAGAAACCUGCAAAUGCAAGAAACUAUAGUGUUCUUGAAUCCCCAGAAAAGCCCUCAGAAUGUGAGACUAGCAAAGCAAGCAAUAGCAGAGAAGUAAGUGCAGAGAGACUGGAAAUGGAGCUGACUCCUCAGAGAAAACUAAUCAAACCACCAAGCAGGCGAGUGGCUAAAGGUCACUCCAUCCCAGCUAUGAACGACACUAAGGCUGGUGCUUCAAAAAUUCCUGGUCGUAACAAACCAUCUGCUUCACCUCAGAGACCUUCUAAAACAACUGAGCCAAGUAGUACAAACUCGGGACCGUCAAUUGAGGACAAAUCCCCCUGUUCUCCCACAGUAAAAAUGUCCAGAUUCAUCAAGACACAGGCAGUGUGUUCUCAGAGCCCAAAGGCCACAAACUCUAAGCUGCCCAGCAGGGCCGAAUGGAGUAAGGGUCCCUCAUCCAGCUCCCCCCACCUGUCAAGAAGGCACCUAGAGUAUCUGGAAACUAGUGAACAACCAACCAGAGACAAACACUGUGAAACUGGCAAAAACAAACUCAGGUCUCCCUCUCCUCCCCCUCCCCCAGGUCGCACCACCUCCUUACUGGUCAGACCAAAUUACGAAGGUUCACCUCAAGCACAUAAAACAGGAAUGGUUCAACCAUCCACCCCAACCACUGGGAGGGGCCCUCCCCCAAGUUAUCACACCUCACUCACGCCAAAUAUGCAAACCACUUUACCCAUCAAGGAUAAAGAAUGUUCGGACCUGGACGCAGGCUACGGGACUGCACUUGCACCUCAGAAGCUGGUAGAAAAAACCAGUGAGCACCUUCAAACGUCACCUGCAUUGACUCAAACACCAAUUAAAGGCACUUCCAAGCGAACAAAAGACUACCUCUCUUCUACCAACUCAGGAUGUGCUCGAGAACCUGAAAAUGCACCUAGAAGCUCAAAGAAUGUUCCUCCUCCUUACAGUGCCCUCAGAGGGUCUUCCCUUCAGAAUCCAUUUGCAAAUAAGAAAGGGCCUACACAUGAAAAUGCCCAUCAGUCGGUUCAAAAGACUUCAAUUAGUUUACCUAUAUCACUUCAAGACUCCCCUCGGUGUCAGACAGUGUCACAGAAUGACAAAGUUAUCGUCAGUCCUCCCAGCUCAGCUGUUAUGUCGCCCAACCACGCAGAGAAAGCCUCAAAGACUCGAAUCCCAGUGGGGUUUAAAGCCUCUUUGAAAUCUCCUCCUUCCAAUAAAAGCAGUCCCAUUGUACCAGGCAAACAAGAGAAAGAUCAUAUCAACUCUGUCUCCAAGGAGACUGUGACUUCAAAUGCUUCGACCCAGUGUGAAAGCUUGCAAGGAGUGUAUAGUAUUGAUUUACAGCCCAAUAUGUCCGUUACAGAGGGGAAAAGUCCAGAGGUCCAGAGUCCCCUGCAGGAAGAGGAAGUUCAUGUUGCUGUGGUGUCAACGGAAGGAGAUGUUUCUGAAAAGGGGAAAAGAAGCAGUCAACUUUUUGGUAGAUCCAUAUCAGUUAAUACAAAAACGCAUCUAAAGCCAGCUUUGGGGAUGAACGGAGCCAAAGCUCGGAGCCAGAGUUUCAGCACUAACUACAUCGAAAAACCCAAUGUCAAUGUCACAGAAGGACAGGGAAAAGUCAGAACUCAGAUCAUCACCAACUCAGGUGAACGGGGUAAUUCUCUGACCAGACAAAGUUCCUUGGAGGUGCCCGUCGUUGGCUUGGCUGAGAGCCCCAUCCAUUCCCCUAGGACUCGGCUUAGCCACUAUGGAGGUAUGACGGGGUCAAAUAGUCACGGCUUUCUUAAACCAGGCUCUAAGGUCGAGGGGUCACAAGGUGGCAUGAAAGGGGAGGGUGCCGCUUCACCUCAUAAAGAGGUGCGUAGCUUACCCGUGAGUGAACGGAAUAGUUUCAACAACAUUCGAAGACCAGCAAAAGUGGCCUCUCACCCACAGUUUCAGCCUCCGUCCACUUCUGUUUAUCACUGGGAAAACUCUUCAAAAGAGACAGAAGGCCUGGUGAUAACCCCUACUGAGCCUGGGAAAAUAGAGACAGACUCGCCAAACAAACCAACGGACACGGAGGAGAAAAAAAUCAGCCCAACAGCGUGCACGAUUGAAGAGAAAGUCAUGAUGGGAAUUGAGGAAAACUUGCAGAAAUGUCAAGAACAAGAGAAGGUGGCAGCCAGUGAGGCCAAACAAAAGACAGGGCCUUCUCUGGCAAACUGGUUUGGCCUUCGCAAGAGCAAACUUCCAGCUCUGAACAGCAAGAAAACAGACUCUCCUAAAGGAAAAGAAGAGAAGAAAGAGCUGAAGAUCGGAUCGGUGCUUGGAGGCAAACAGGUGAAAUCUGACAAGAAGAAGGAGAAGAAGAAAGACAGCCAGGAUGUGCAGAGUCUGACUGAGGUGAACAACAAGCUGAGCUCCAUCAUGGACCACUGCAAUAACCAAAUGGGUCAAAUCACCAGUCAGAUCCAGUGUUCGACAGCAUUCAUCGGCAAAGACCAGUUCGUCAAAGACCUUCUUGGCAGGACCGCUGUGAAGGUCAGUGCCCUGGCGGUGCCACCACCUUCACUCUCCACGCCCAAGAAGCACGGCGAGCUGAAGGGGGACAUGCAGAUAAUUUCGGAUGCUGCCACCCUUGUUAUGACUCAGAAGAUCAGUCUUAAAGGUGAAAACCAAGAUGGACACAUCCCAGACUCGACCUGUCAAGACCACAUGAUAGGCUCCAGCUGCCAGAUGAGAACUCUGGACAGCGGCAUCGGCACCUUCCCCCUCCCUGAUUCUGUCACCCGUGCCGGCGGUCGCCACAUCCCCAAAUCUGAAUCCAGCCCAGGUGGGGUGACCGCCGGCUCCUCCGAGCUCCGACAAGAGCCUCAGUCAUUGUCUCACCCCGACCCCUCACAACCCGAUGUGAAAGUGCCUUCCCUUCCAAAAUCCGACACGCACGCUCCCAGCAGCACCUUGGGUCACUCCCUGUCUGACCCCACUGUAACCUGCAGUCGAAACUCCCAGGACACCCAGAGCCGCCUGCCCAAACUGGCAUCCUCAGAUGCCAUCAGGACGACGAGGUUGGGUCUUUGUGCCCAACGCAGCAACUUCUCAGGUUCCAUGGAAGAGAAAGAAGUAGAGAGGAAGAUAAAAACCAAGGAGCUCGACACGACUGGCAAAACAGCCCUGCAAGUGUGCACCUACUCAGGCAGCAGCAGUGACACAGAGACCGAACCGGACCAAACCGCAAGCCCCUUGACUUCGCCAUCAAGAACCCUAAUCGAGAGAACCCGGAGGACCGACUCUGUGGAGCAGAAUGAGGACACCCUGAAGAGACAGAGCGUGGAAAAGUCCCUGUCCAUUAUGGAUUACUACCAGCAUGAGGUGUUCUCACAGCUGGAGAAGGACAACAGGAGGAUUUCACAGUAUAACCUGCUGCACAAAGAGUCGUCUCUCGAUGGCAAAGCAGCAGAUCUGCUGAGUAAAGAGGUUACCAUGGAGAAGAUCCCUGUGAGUCCGAACCAUCCCACCUCUCUGGACAUGUCCCUGGAGUCUUUGAAUAAGCUGAACCUGUGUCCAGGUUCAAGCUUGAGUAGCCUCAAAGGCGACGGCCAUGCAGACGUGGGGAGCGGUGGGGAGAAUGGCUGCAAGUUGGACGAGGCGCCGUCGUCCUCUGGCUUCAUGAGCAGGACCAGGGCGGAUCCCUCAGGCUCGCUCAGUGACUCGCUCUACGACAGUUUCUCCUCCUGCACCAGCCAGGGCUCCAACGGCGUUUGAGGGUCUUGGAAAGGAUCCACUUAUAGUUUGUUUUUGCUUUGGAAAUUUGGUGAAUUCAUGGGCUGAAUGCUGAAUGGUACAAAUAUCGAAUGAGGAGUUUUUUUAGGUUGAUCAUUAGAAACUGUCUUUUGGGGGUUUCUUUACAUUUUUGCUAAUUUUAUGAUGCCAACAAUCUCCACAUUUUUCCACUUUUUCAUGCAAUUUCCGAGUUUUAGAAGACCGUGCCAGGUUUCAUAUAAGUCCAAUGAUGUAAACACGUUUCCUAAACCUAACCAAGAUGAUUUUUGCCCAAGCUUAAGUUCAAACCCCAAAUUGAUAUAAAAGUUAAACUAAAACUUUUUCUCUUCAGGUGAUCGGCCAGAUACUAUAUGAGGUUUUGUCAAAUCCAACCUACCAGAUGAAGGUUUAAAUUCAAAUUCUAAGAUACUUUAUUAAUCCCAGAGGGAAAUUAGAGUUUCAGUACACACAAUUCUGAGAUCAGACAUACAUACAUAGGCAUAGACACAUGACAAGAACUGGUGACUGUGGACAUUCGCAACCCGAGUCGCGCUACCUUAAUAGGGAUCAGAGGGUGUAUAUGAGGACUGAGUCAGGUGGAGGGAAAAAAAGGCACUUCAGAGUUACCCUCCACAGGGAGGGCAGCUUUACUAUGCAAAAAAACACCUCAGACAGAAAUGCAACAGACUUCAGACAUCACACAACACAAGUGUCCACUAGGUGGGGAGGUAGGGUUGGGGACUCUCCACACAUCAGUGAGUGCAGCUGCAAUGAGCAGCGCUCGUCACCUCCGUUUGGACAGGGGAGGGAGGUAGUUGGGUGACUCCUGGAAACGAUUCAACUGCCUUCACCGGUCUCAGCCCCGCUGGGAUAGGGAGACAGAGUUGCCAUGGCGACGGCAACAUUCCACAUUUCUUCUGAGGGGGAGUAAUCACUUCAGCCUCACAGGCUCAAGGGCACCAGAUUCAGAUAAGAACUUGUUUUUGGGCCAGACAGAGAUAAUUUCCUCUCUGUCUUGAAGUUCUGUUGAUCUCCAACCCCUCUAAGAUCCAAUAAUGGCGUAAUUAAUCUAUUCCCAACUGUGCUGAACCGUCAACUCUGUCUUUGAUCGAAUCCACCUUCUGUGCCAGAGUCUGAAUCUCAGCCAAAGUUCCAAGCUUACGACUCAUCUCGACAAUUAUAUGAGUUUUUGCAUUCACAGCGUGGUGUAAUCCAUCCCUGAGCUGCGGGAUUAAGCCAUUAUUCUUUGACAGCUUAUUAAUUUUCCGGUAAGCCAGGUAACCACUCAGGCCAAACAGCAGGAAUCCCGACACCAACACCACGAAUAUCCACACAGACGUCUUCAGAAUCCUCUACAGAGAGGCAGAGCACUUAUUUUACCACCGACUUUGUAAUGUGACCCCUGAAUACUUAUCAGUCUCUCCUUGACAUCCACAACCUUUUAAUCUUCUAACACAAGCACUUAUUUCAGUCAUAAAUACAAGGACAGAAACUCCAUCUAAAGUAUUUAGUUAGAUUCUUGGUUUGUUGGACUGGAACUUUUUGGGUGAGUUAUAGUACUGUAAUAAACACAUUUUCAUAAUAAAAUAAUAAUUAUGUAGAAUGGUUUUAAAAAAUUGAUUGAUUUAAUUUAUUAAUUUAUUUCUUAUUUACAGCUAUUUUUAAUAUAUAAAAGUAAAUAUGAAAUUAUUUAACAAAUGAGGUUUGAUAAUUAGAUUUUAGCCAAAAAUUGAAUGAAUUUAUUUUACUUAUUGUUACUAUAUUUUAUUUUGAUACCCAAAAGGACGAAUUUUUUGUCGGAGUUUUGCGAAAAUUGUGAAACUAGAAGGAAAAUUCUUGGAAUGAGAUUCAACUGUAAGCCAGAAGUCUGACCUUUGGGUGUUAUGGCUGUCAUGGCCUUAUACGCCAUGUUUUUUUUACGGUUUUUAUGGCUUUAGGCGUUUCCACUAGUAACGGAUAUCUGUUUGCCGCUCCUUACUUAGAGCCAGAAUAUACUUGUUUUUUAACCUGACAUACUUGCUGCUGCACUGCACGUAGUACUGGAGGAGUCCACUAGGAGCACUGUAGUGAACUUGGACCAUAUAGAGUCCGGGGUUUGUGGGGUACACUCAAAACUAACACCUCGCUCAUCUUGUCAACUCUGCGAACUGGUUACUCGUAUAUUGUAGCUCGCAAAAUUUAGGGGAACGCACACAAACGACACUUCAAAUCAACGCAAGUCAUGCGAGGGAGCUAUUUUAAACAUGCGGAAGCAUCGUUAAACAGCAAGUAUAUUCCGGCCUAACUUGCUCCAAGAGUACUGAGCUGGACAAUUGUCCUACCCCUCAUUUACAUGAAGCACGGAAAUGAUGUGGUUUGGUUUUCCGUGCAGCUGCUGGAUAGACCACCAUUCACACAGACUGUGGUUCAUGUACGGAACGUCUCUGGGUUUCCGCCCCAAGAGCAACAAAUGAUUACAAAUUAUAAAUAAGUUUUUUUUAAUAAUUCCAGUAAAAAAUACCAUGAACUGUGAACUGGUGUCCCCGUCAAUAAUAAAGAAACAAAAGC